AUGUAUCAAUUGAUCGUCUUCGGCGUUUUGGCUCUUACCGGUCUGAGCCACGGUGUGCCCGUAAUCGAUGCAUCGAUCGGCUCCAUCGGUGAUAUAAGUGCUACGACUAUCAGUGAUAAUAUCGUUACCGAUGCAUUGGAGCUCACGACUGACGCGUCGAGCGAAACUUCGACCGAUCUACCACCGCGCGAAUUGGCCCUUUUCUCGUUGUCCAGUGGCAUCGACCUGCAAAGCUCCGACGAUACCACGGAAGUGCCGGAAGAAUCCACUACCCUAGCGGCUACGGUGGCAGCCGAAGAAACGACCGGUGACGAUAACGAAGUGGCGAGUUCGGUGAAUAUCGACGUUACCGAGAGAAUCAAUACUCAAAAAAGCGACGUAGUUUCGCAGCAAACCGUGGCGAAUGCCGAUACCAAAACGAGCCCGAUACCGAUCGUGAGUCAAACUUUCGACGGGCCGAAUCCCGAUGGAUCCUACGCUUACAGCUACGAAACCGGCAAUAACAUCAAAGUCGCGGAAGUCGGUAGCGUCGUGCAGACCGAGGCUAGGGAUGGAGUUAGAACAGGCCCCGUACACGUGCUCAACGUUAAGGGUAAUUACAGCUACAUCUCGCCCGAGGGUACCCCCAUCUCGGUAUCUUACGUCGCGGGUGAAAAUGGAUUUCAAGCCGUGGGUGCUCACAUACCGACGCCACCACCGAUUCCACCACUGAUUCUCAGAGCUCUCAAAUGGGCGGAGGCGCGCAGAGAGAAAGAGAGACUCGAGAGAGAAAAGAGCGCGAUGUAA